CACUGCAGAGGCAGUACGCAAUUGGACCCUGAACCUGAGAGAUCCUGUUGACUGUCCGACCAAUAAGGCUGCUCUUCUAGAAAGAGACGCUUCCUUUUGUCUCAUUCUAACUUAAUAAACAAGACAAACCUGGAACCACAAAACCAGGAGGAAGUGUUUGGACAUACAGCCCGCUUUAAGGAUGCAGGACGGGAGUUGGAAUCAGCCACUCCCCAUCUCUCUGCUGCUAAAGGACCCUGCAGGAAGCGGGACUUUGGAGGGCGAUGGGGGGGUGUUUUCGGAGGCGUCCUCUGAUGGGGAGCUCUACCUGGACUCAGUGCCAGACCUGGAUUCUGGAGAUGGGGACUUUGCAGAUCUUACUGCCUUCUUGAGUGCAGAAGAGAUCCAUCGUAGCCUGGACCUGGCCCUGGAGGCCUUUGGUGACACAUUUGAAUCUGGGGAUCCAGGCCCCCUCUCUAAUCCUACAUCCCAGGAGCAGGCUCUCCAACCCGUCCACUCCCUUCCUGUGCCCCCCCAGACUACUGAAAACCUCAACACAAGCCCAAACCUGCAGCACCAGACCAAAGCCCCCUGCCCAGAUGACAGUGCAGCAGUUGAGGUCUCUUCCAGCCAGAACGCCCCCCUCAGCAAACCCGUACAGGUGUCCAGUGAGGCUCCGGUCUCUGCUCAGAAGGUGGUCCGACACAAACCCAUCCUGCCGGUUUAUAAGCAGGAUAAACCCAGGCUGCUGCAUGAGGGCCUGGAGCUGAAUGAUCGGGCAGCUUCUGCCACAGAGUUCUGUAGCCGAGCCGCCACGUUCAUCGAGGAGCUGUCGUCCAUCUUCAAAGGUUCUGCUCAUCUGGAGCAGCAGGUGGAGGAGGACUCCUCCUCUCCUGAUAGUGGCUAUCUGACUCCUCGGAGUCAGCGACCGGUCCCUCAGGGCUCAGUCUCUGCUCCCUCUCUGCCUCCCUGCCACCAAGAGGAGACCCAGUAUAGCCAGCCAACCGUGAGCCUGGAUCAUCAGCCUGGAGGCUUGAUGGGAGUGGCAGCUUCAGCGAGGCCCCAUCACUCUGGAGCUCCAACCACACAUGGACCGCUGUCGCCUCCCUGCUUCCUCCAGAAGCUGAAGAGUCAGGAGGUGGCAGAAGGAAGCCCCAUUCGUCUGGAGUGCAGAGUCAUAGGAAACCCCCUGCCGCUCGUCAGGUGGUUCUGUGAAGGACGCGAGCUGCACAACUCUCCUGACAUACAGAUCUGGAGGGAUGGUGACCUGCACACACUGGUGAUCGCUGAAGCCUUUGAGGACGACACGGGACGUUACACCUGCGUAGCUUCCAACAGCAUCGGAGCGGACAAUACCUCUGCUGAGGUUUACAUCGAAGGAGCUUCGUCAUCAGACUCAGAAGGAGAAGGAGCUGUGUCAAAGUCCAGAUCAGGAACCAUGCCUCAAAUUCAGAAGAAGACUACGUCAAUGUCCCUGACGAUACGCUCAUCGUCACCCAAAACCUCCGACGUCCUUCCUCGUUGCUCCACCCUGGUCCAGUCCCUGUCUCAGCCCCCACAGCGGAUGCAGAGCCCAGUGUCGUCACUGUAUGUUGGCGAGGUGUCGAGUCCUCCUAUAUUCACCAAGCUGCUGCAGGACGCCCAGGCGUCCGAGGGCCAGGUGGUGGUUUUGGAGUGCAGGGUCCGUGGAAGCCCUCCUCCGCAGGUCAGAUGGUACCGCCAUGGAGAGGAGAUCCUGGACUCCCCCGAUUUUCGUAUUCUCCAGAAAAAGCCUCGAUCUGCAGCUGAGCCAGAGGAGAUCUGCACCCUGGUGAUAGCCGAGGCCUUUCCAGAGGACGGAGGUCUGUUCUGCUGCACAGCGUCCAACCCGUAUGGCUCCGUUAACAGCUCAGCCCAACUCACCGUCACUGCAGCUGAGGAUUCAUCCAGUAACGGUGUGUCUGGUGAUAGCUCAGGGUUUGAGGAUGUGGCGGCCUUCCCCCCUCCUCCGCCACCCACAGAAAUCAGCCUCUUGGAGCUGCCACCCAAGAUGCCGCCUCAACCCGGCGCUUUCCUGAUCAAGGAGCUCGAGAUCUGGCCCGGUGUGUCGUCCCUGCCUCCAGUACAGAUGGGCUCAGAGGUGGAGGAUAAGGGGAAAGGGUCUAUACAGAAUGGCCGACCCCCAAAUCCACCAUCACCACCAAGCCUGCCUAAAGCAACCACACCACCACCCCCACCUCCUCCUCCACCUCCGCCACAGUCUGACCCUACGACAGAUGUCACAGCCCAAAGUCCAGCCCAGGUGGCACCAGACUCCCCUCCAUCGCCAGGCAAGCUGUCUCCAUCCCCAGGGAAGGACGGCCCACCGCUGCCGACCAAGCCUAAGCCGAAGCUAGCUGAGAGUAUAGAGGAGGAGACAGAAAAUUACAGGAACGCGUCCCAGCUGAAGCUGCUGCAGGAUCAGAUUCUUCUGGAGCAACAGGAAGCAGCCAACUGGCAGCAGGAACAGCAGAGCCAGGAAGUCCCGCCUCCGCCUCAGCAACCACUUCAGGAAGUCCCGCCUCCGCCUGCUCCACCGUCUCCACCUCUCCCACCUCCUCCCUCCUUCCAGGAGCUGGAGAGCAGCGCAACCAUGGCAAGCACCUUCAACUACGCCCGGCCCAAGCAGUUCAUCGCUGCCCAGAGCCCCAGCAGGGCGGGCUACACCACCCAGUCCUCCGGCUCCUCGGGGUCCAACAUGUCCUCCCCUAUGUCCCCUCCCGCCUCACACAAGCCCUUCACCAGGGUCACCUUGCCCCCCUUCACCAAGGCGGGCAGCGUGGAGUCUCCGAGCUCCCCUUCCUUCCCGCCUCCACCUCCGCCCUUCUUCAGCUCCAGUAACCUGUCCUCUCCAUCAGGCCCCGCCCAAGACUUCCCUCCUCCUCCGCCUCCUCCGCCUCCACCCAUGCCCAUGUCUCCAGCCUACUCAGAUAUGUCCUCGCCGUUCUCCUCCGUCCCUCCAUCUCCAGCCUCCAGCUUCCUGUCCUCAGUGUUGCCCUCCACGCCUUCCUCACCCGGCAGUCCUAUCGUCAACGCCCUGGGCCUCCCUAAAGGCAACGGGACUGUCAAAGCGUUCCCCAGGAAGUCCUCGGUCACCAGGACGCCACGCAUGUCCUCCGACUCUGACAUCCAGGGGACCAAGGACGCCGUCAUCCAGGACCUGGAGAGAAAACUGCGCUUUAAAGAGGAGCGCAUAAGCAAUGGUCAACAGAAGUUAACCUAUGAGGAGAAGAUGGCUCGCAGACUGCUGGGUGCCGACAACGCCGCCACAGUCUUAAACACACAGGAGACAGAGGAGGAGCCGGUCACACAGGAAGACAAGUCAUCUGAUAGAGAAUCUUUCCCUCAAAAGGAAUACAAGGUGUCCAGCUUCGAGCAGCGUCUGAUCAGUGAGAUUGAGUUCCGUCUGGAGCGUUCCCCGGUGGAGGAGUCAGACGACGACGUGCAGCACGACGAGGACUCCCCCGGCCAGGGCGUACCGCCGUCCUACGACCAGAAACUCAAACACUACAAAGUCUUUGAGGGCAUGCCCGUCACCUUCUCCUGCAAGGUCCACGGAGACCCCAAACCAAAGGUCUACUGGUUUAAAGAUGGGAAGCAGAUCUCCAAGAGGAGCGAGCACUACAGGAUCAGCCGUGACCCCGAUGGAACCUGCUCUCUGCACACCGCCGCAGCCUCACUGGAUGACGAUGGCAACUACACCAUCAUGGCGGGCAACCCUAAGGGCCGGGUGAGCUGCACCGGCAGGAUGAUGGUCCAGGCCGUGAACCAGCGAGGCCGAAGCCAGCGCUCUACGCCCGGACACAUGCGCAGACCCAGGUCCAGGUCUAGAGACAGCGGCGAUGAGAACGAUAACAUCCAAGAGCGUCACUUCCGCCCCCACUUCCUGCAGGCGCCCGGUGACCUCAUCGUUCAGGAGGGCCGACUGUGCCGGAUGGACUGCAAGGUGAGCGGCCUGCCCACUCCGGACCUCAUCUGGCAGCUCAAUGGACAGACCAUCCGCCCCGACUCCGCCCACAAGAUGCUGGUGAGGGAAAAUGGCGUGCACUCAUUGGUCAUCGAGCCAGUGACUAGCCGCGACGCGGGCAUCUACACCUGCAUCGCCAGCAACCGAGCCGGGCAGAACUCCUUCAACCUGGAGCUCAUCGUUGCAGCCAAAGAGAUGCACAAGGUGCCAUCAUUCGUCGAGAAGCUGCAGAACACGAGCGUGGCCGAGGGUCAUCCUGUGCGACUGGAGUGUCGCGUCAUAGGAGUUCCCUCCCCACAAAUCUUCUGGAAAAGGGAGAACGAGUCGUUCACUCACAACACCGACAGAAUCAGCAUGCACCAGGACAACUGUGGCUACCUGUGUAUGAUCAUCCAGCCAGCCAUGAAAGAAGACGCCGGCUGGUACACCGUGUCAGCCAAGAAUGAGGCCGGCGUCGUAUCCUGCACUGCACGCCUCGACGUCCACACUCAGUGGCAGCAGCCCAACCUCCCCAAGCCCAAGAAGGUGCGUCCCUCCACCAGCCGCUACGCCGCACUGACAGAGAGAGGGCUGGACGUGAAGGCGGCCUUCUUCCCCGACUCCAGCCCGCUGCAGCCCGGCGGCCUGGUGGAAAGUGACGACCUGUAGAGAGGCCACAGGGAGGUCACCCCCCCCCCCCCUCUUAAAUAACCCUGAGAGCUGCCCUCGUUCCCAGCACUCCUCCUCAGACAAAUACGUUACGACGGCGACAAGGGGGAGAAUAUAACCACCUGAGGGACUCAAUCUAUCGUUGAACUGAAGGGUCGGUGGGCAGCGUGAGCUGGUGGUUUUCAUGUUUUUAUAGUAUGACACAACCCAUUAUAUUACAGAAUGCAUCGAGUUGUUUCCCCCCAUGCUUCAUUUUAUCAACUGGACCUGGAAAAGUGUUUAAUCACGAGGAAAGACUGCUCAUAAAUACGCUCUCUCGACUGUACGGUUGACUCUGUUUUAAGUGCCUCUCAUGACUGUAAAGAUAAAACAUAGAAUUACUAUGCAUGUUCAAGUGAUGCCAUUUGAUAUACACACAGAUUAAUAUCUAUACGUAGCACUCCACCAGCUGUGAUUAAACAAGCGGGAGACUUAAAAGGAGACAAAGCAUCGUAGCUGUGAAGAAGAAGAUCACUUAUUAUGUGUGCUUGUGUACCACAGUGCUGAUAUCUACAGUAUCUGAGUGUAGCUGCAGUAUCAUACAGUCUCAAUGUUAGUCUCAUAGAUUAGUUUACAGAUAUCGGAAAAGGCCGGGCCUUACAAACAGUAUGUUUUUUUAUUUAGCAGAAGAGAUGAGUUUUGGGAAAAAAGAACGCUCACACGUGGAUGUUUGUUUGUGGGUGCAGCAGAGCUUAAGGAAGGUUCGAUCUAACAGACACAGGAAGAGACAGCGAAGGUAAAAAAGCAAGUUUUUGUGAUGGACAAAGUUAACACUUGAUAUAUAUGGAGGACUAAAGUUUCCAUCAUAAUAAAUAAAUUCAUAAUUAAAUAAAUGACUCAAUGAAUAAAAUAAUAAAGAAAAAAUUAUAAAUAAAAGCCUCAAUUAUCAGAUAAAUGUGCAGAUUAAUUUGAAAAUAAAUAAAUAUUCUCAAAAAAAAAAUUCUAUUUCUAUACAUAUUUAUUUAUUUCCAUAUUAACCUGCACAUUUGUUUGAUAAUUGAGGCUUAUAUUUCUACAUUUCUUUCUUUCUUAUUUUUUUUUUAUUAAGUAAUUUAUUUAUUAUAAUGGCAUCUUUAGUCCUCCAUAGUUAGGGGGAUGCGAGUGACUGUGGUGAUAUUGAAAAAUGGAAGAUACAGAAAACUUUUGGUGUUUAUGGGUCAUUUCUUUGUGAUUUUUUUUUUUUUUCUUUGAUGGUUUAUUUGAAAAAGGGUGAAUUGAAAUCGGUGCUGUGAAAGGUUUCAGUGUAUUCGUCACACACAUCACAGAUUGUCCAUUUUAUUUUUGUAUGAAAAAAAAGAAGCUUCCAACAAUCUUGACAUAAAUUAUAUCAGCAACCUUUUUGUUCACUGAUAAAAAACAAAAAAAACAAUCCUUUCUGUAUCAUUAAGUUUUAUAAAUGUAUUUACUGCCUUAAAUCACUUUUAGGCUUAAUGCAAACACAAUUUCUUUGCAUGUUAUUUUUGGACACUUGUACAGUGCCAAGUUCCAGGAUGUAUAAAAACACUUUUUUUCCAGUAUUCGGCUGGUAAAAAGUGCAAAGCAAGGUAUAUUUAUAUCACCUCUGUAACACUAUACAAAGUGGACAUCUUUUUCUGUCUGUUCGGAGCUUGCAUCAGCUGACUGUGUUUGCACAUUUCUAUGCCAAUCAAUGCCUGUAUAUGGAUUGUUCUCCUGAUAUUAUUUUAGGUUAUGAAAGUUAAUAAAAAUCAAACUCUUCAGAGA